AUGUAUAUCAAUACUCUUCUUGCUUCCUCCGCUCUGCUGGGCCUGGCAUCCGCCGGAUACACCACAAAAUACCUCACUGGAUCAUCAAACAACACCAUCCAGGUCCUCGUCGAGGGAGAUGGCCCGUCACUGCUUGUCUGGCCUUCUUAUGCCCGGGACAGCAUAGACGAUUUCCACGAGUUUUCGACCGCCCUCGCUGACGCGGGCUACCGCGUCUUGCGUCCUCAACCCCGAGGCAUGGGCGAAUCUACCGGCCCCAUCGUUACCACUUGGGCCGAGGUAGGCGCUGACCUCGUCUCGGUCAUUGAUACCUUUGGCAACGGAAAGGCUGUGGUACUCGGCCAUGCCGCCGGACAACGUAUGGCGAAGAACAUGGCCGCCGCCUACCCGGAAAAGGUGCCUUCGAUCGUCUUGGCGUGCAUCAACACCGGCAUCAACACCAACGCCACCAUCGCAGCUACGGCCAACAUUGCGAGCAACUAUACGUACUCCGUAGAGGAACGUCUCGCUGCUUUGGAGCUGGGUUACUUUGCUCCCGGACACAAUGCCUCCCUAUGGUUGACGGGUUGGUUCCCUGAGGCUAUGGGCUCCGUGACUGGCGCUCCUACGAGCACCACAAUCGGCAGCAACACUACUCAGAUCUUGGACGUCAUCGCAACAUUGGACCCGUGGAGGAGGGAGGACCAGUGGAACUACACGACUGGGCUGGUGGGCAACCGGUCUACUGUUGUCUUUGUUGAAGAUGCUUCUCACGCGCUGUUCCCUGAGAACUUGCAGGGCGUCGUGGAUGUUAUGGUGCCUUGGUUGGACACCCAGACUUCAUCUUGGAAAUAA